UUCCUCAUCUAUUUUUGAGCUCUCAUUAAAAAUAAAAAUUCGAUAUAAUUCCCCACCGAUGCGACGAGAGAGAGAGGAGGAGGAGCACACAGAGAUCUCUCUCGUUCGUUUCCCCCGUAAAAUCUGCGAAAAAGAAGAAAGAAAAACUCAAAUCGAAUCCUUAAAAACAAAAUCGACUCUUUAGUCCACGAGUUUCGUUUAAUCGCUCAACGCCUCUUCCUUUAAUCUCUCCCUCACCGUUCGUUUUCGUUCCCCCUCGAGCUUGAUGUUUGAAUUCUGAUCAGAUCUAGUUUUAGGAUAGAGGUCAAGAGACUAUUGUUAUGUUUAUGGAUCGAGAGAGAAGGCUUUCGAAUCGCAACGGGACUCCGCAAUACAGCAACGGAAAGUUCCGUGAUGAUGAUUAUUACGGUGGAUUCUUAGAUCGGUUGGAGAAUUCGAGAGAGAAGAGUCCUUCUAGAUCUAAGAUUCUUCGGAUCCCGUCGCCGACUUCGUCUCCUCCACCUUCCAGCUCUUCCCCGCCGUUUCCUGGCUCCAAUUCGCCGGACCGGGGAUAUAUCGAGCACCGCGUAUCCAAGUUCGAUACUCUCGCCGGCAUUGCCAUUAAAUACGGCGUUGAGGUUGCAGAUGUGAAAAAGAUGAAUGGACUUGUUACUGAUCUUCAAAUGUUUGCUCUCAAGUCUCUUCAGAUUCCGUUACCUGGAAGACAUCCUCCUUCUCCUUGUUUAUCUAAUGGCUCCUUACACCAUGGAGAGGGAUGUUCAUGCCACGAACUGGAACCGCCAAACGAUAGCCACAACGAUAUGUUCGACUCAUUCCAGUCUCUGAGAUUAAAAUCUUCGGAUAAGAAAGUUUCUCCAGCCAUGUCUUCCCUUCAAGGUUACUACGGGCUAAAACCAGCAAACAGAACAGUUUCCGAAGGAGGAUUCUUGGAGAUGGGAACUUACAACAACAAGACAGAGACUUCUCAUCAUCAUUUCUCCAGCAACGGUAGUAAUAAUCAGUACCUCAGACCUUUCCCUUCGACAAACACUCCCUUAAACCACCACAGGAAAUCCAGAAGCUUGGCCAAUGCACUUUUCGACGAGGUUAACCAAUCACCGGACAACAACAACAACACCGCUCAGGAAACGAGUGCUGAUAAGUUCAGAAGAAGACGCCAAAAAUCCGAAGCAGAUUUUUCAUCCCGGACGCCAGAGCUUCUGCUGAAAGAAGAGAACAGCAGCAGCAAUGGCGGGUUUUUAUCGAUAGCUGGAAAAGGCUUAGCUUUGAGAUCGAAAGCCUCGAGCAGAACUAAUCUAUCAUCAGCAGAAUCUGAGACUAGUAACUUCAAUCCUGUACCAAUCAACUUGAUGGAUGCUCCAGUUUCAGACAGUUUUGGCAGUGUGAGAAAAUCGUCGAGUGCAUCGAGUCUACAAGAUCCAGAAGGUAACAACAGUAACGGUUCAUCAUCGCUGUCUCUAUGGCCGACUUCUAAGUGGAGUUUGAAGCCUGAUUUGCUUACACCUGCGGCUAUCACAAGCUCAAUCUUUGAUGGGUUACCAAAGCCUUUAACAGGUCGGAAAAACAAGACUGCUAUGGAUUAAAAACAAGGUCAGCUUUUCUCGUUAUUUAACUGUCCCAUUUUUUUUUGGAAACUAUACAAAAUCAAAAAGCAGAAGAAGCUAUUUUAGCCUAAAUGCGGAGUAAAUAGAUUAGAAAAAUUUCAGAGGAAGAAAGAAAAACUUCCAAAUUGAGAAAAAUUAUAAAGAAGGAAGAAAAAGCUUGUGAUAGUGAUGUAAUGAUUGUGUGCUUUUUUUUUUAUCUACGUUUAUGUAAGUUAUAAAAUACUUUGUACCUUGUCUUAGCGUAGUCCAAUUUUUUUUUUCCAAUAUGAUGAAUUGCUACACACUACUAAAAUGUAUUCCAUGCACUUAUUUAAUAAUUUAUUAAAAUUGUUCGUUUGUAAAA